GCGGGUCGGUAUCGCCGCUCGUCCUUUCGCGUGUGUUGUGGUGAAUUGUGUUGUGGGAGCUACGCUGAGCCACCGCUCGCGUUUCUCAGAUUCGGGCUAAGCCCGGCCGCAUCGCGGCUAGUGACGUUUCUGUAUUUUUCGUUUGUAUCGGCAGUGGAAUUAGUGAAUCGGUGAAGUGUUUAGUGACUGUGCACUAUGGCGACGUUCACAGGAUUCGCGGUCCUCGUCGCGCUGUUCGCAAGCGGAGCAGUGCGAUGUGAGGACGAGACGAUUGGACCGAUAUUCAUGAAAGAACCCCCAAACCGAGUGGAUUUCAGUAACACGACCGGAGCUGUAGUUGAAUGCGCUGCCCGAGGAUCCCCCGCCCCCGAUGUAAUUUGGGUACGAGCUGAUGGAACCGCUGUUGGAGAUGUCCCUGGAUUACGACAGGUCUUACCUAAUGGAAAUCUGGUAUUCCCUCCCUUCCGGGCAGAAGAUUACCGGCAAGAGGUCCAUGCCCAGGUUUACGCCUGUCUCGCAAGGAAUCCAGUCGGAACCAUUCACUCUAAGGAUGUUAACGUACGAGCUGUUGUUUCGCAAGUAUAUGCUGUAAAUCUUAUGGAGGAAUAUGUCCUUAGAGGAAAUGCGGCUAUUUUGAAAUGUCAUAUACCCAGUUUUGUAUCGGAGUACGUCUCAGUUGUAUCUUGGAUUGUGAGUGAAAGCGAAGAAGAAGUAGAAAUAAACCUUGAUUCGGAUCUUAAUAUAGAUGAUGGAAAGUAUUUAGUUCUGCCAUCGGGUGAGUUACAUAUUCGAGAUGUAGGACCCGAGGAUGGUUAUAAAUCUUACCAAUGCAGAACUAAACAUAGACUUACUGGAGAGACUCGUUUAUCAGCUACCAAAGGACGUUUAGUUAUUACCGAGCCGAUGGGCCGAGUGCCUCCCAAGUUCCCUAGCGCGCAGACUACGAGCGGUUUCCAGUUUAAAGAGUUCACCAGUCUCGCCGUAUUAUGCCCCGCUCAGGCCUUCCCAGCACCCGCGUUCCGAUGGUACAAAUUCAUAGAUGGCUCUGCAAGGAAACAGCCAGUCGCACUGAAUGACAGAGUAAAACAGGUUUCGGGAACACUUAUUAUUAAAGAGGCUAAAGUUGAAGACUCCGGAAAAUAUCUGUGUGUUGUCAACAACUCCGUUGGUGGUGAAUCCGUAGAAACCGUUCUAACCGUAACAGCUCCUUUGAAAUCCGCUGUAGAGCCUGCAACGCAAACCGUUGAUUUCGGACGUCCAGCUGUAUUCACUUGCAGAUAUGAAGGAAACCCUGUCAAAACUAUUACUUGGCUCAAGGACGGAAAGGACAUGAACCAUCAUGACCCUAUUUUAAGGAUUGAAUCAGUCAAGAAGGAAGACAAGGGCAUGUACCAAUGCUUCAUCAGGAACGAUCAGGAAAGUGCUGGAGCAAGCGCGGAACUUAAACUUGGAGGCCGGUUUGAACCACCACAGAUCCGUCACAGUUUCGGCGAACAAACCCUCAGAUCUGGUCCUUCCCUACGUCUCAAAUGCGUCGCAUCAGGCAACCCCACUCCCGAUAUCGCGUGGCAACUUGAUGGUGAAAAACUCAACAGUGGCGAGCGCCUCCAGAUCGGACAGUUCGUGACCGCAGACGGAAACGUUGAAUCACAUCUUAACAUCUCAUCUGUGCAUCCCAAUGAUGGUGGCUUAUACUCUUGCAUCGCAUCCAGCAAGGUCGGCAGCGCGUCCCACGCGGCCCGCGUGAAUGUUUAUGGCAUGCCCUACGUGCGCACGAUGAAGAAACGCCCCGUCGUCGCUGGAGACACCCUCAUCGCACACUGCCCCGUCGCCGGCUACCCCAUCGACUCCAUCGUCUGGGAAAGGGAUGGCCGUGUUCUACCAAUCAACCGUAAACAAAAAGUGUUCCCCAACGGUACCCUUGUCAUCGAAAACGUCGAGCGAAUGAGUGACCAAGCGACUUACACCUGUGUAGCCAAGAACUCUCAAGGAUACAGCGCUCGAGGAACCCUCGAAUUACAAGUCAUGGUUCCACCUCUGGUAGUGCCGUUCAGUUUCGGGGAGGUGCCUUCCAAUCCUGGAGAUGCUGCGGUAGUGAACUGCGUUGCGACCAAAGGAGAUCUGCCACUUGAAAUUUCUUGGACAUUCAGCAGCGAAACUAUAGACUCAAGUUUACAUCGAGAUAUAAUGACUACCCCGCUGGGCCCCCGAGCCUCUGUUCUCACGAUCAACUCCGUCAGUGCAAACCAUCAGGGAAACUACACGUGUAUUGUACAAAAUGCGGCCGGUCGCGCCGAAUAUGCAGCAACGCUAGUCGUAAAUGUGCCCCCACGUUGGAUCUUAGAACCCACUGACAAAGCUUUUGCUCAAGGUUCAGAUGCUAAGGUUGAAUGUAAAGCCGACGGCUUCCCCAAGCCCCAAGUCACGUGGAAGAGGGCUGAAGGAGAUACGCCUGGCGAUUACAAAGACCUUAAACCCAAUAACCCAAAUGUAAAAGUUGAAGACGGAACUCUCAUGAUUGCCAAUAUCCAAAAAACAAAUGAAGGAUACUACUUGUGUGAGGCUGUUAAUGGAAUUGGAUCAGGAUUAUCUGCAGUCAUUUUGAUCAGCGUUCAAGCACCACCCCAAUUUGAAAUUAAGAUGAGGAACCAAACUGCACGCCGCAGUGAACCAGCUGUGUUACAGUGCCAAGCUAAGGGUGAAAAGCCAAUCGGUAUUAUCUGGAACAUGAACAACAAACGUCUCGAACCCAAAUCCGACCCACGCUACACGAUCCGCGAAGAGAUUCUGCCCGGUGGUGUUGUAUCUGAUCUCAGCAUACGGAGGACCGAACGAUCUGACAGCGCUCUUUUCACCUGUGUCGCCACAAAUGCAUUUGGAUCGGAUGAUACUAGCAUCAACAUGAUCAUUCAAGAGGUACCUGAAGCACCAUAUGGCCUGAAAGUAUUGGACAAAUCUGGAAGGACUGUACAACUUUCAUGGGCAGCACCUUAUGAUGGAAACUCACCAAUCAAGAAGUUCCUUAUUGAGUACAAACGCGCUAAAGGCAAUUGGGAAAAGGAUAUCGACAGAGUUUUGGUACCCGGAGACGCGACUGAAGCAGGAGUGUUCAGUUUACGACCAGCGACCGCUUAUCACAUCAGAAUCGUCGCAGAGAACGAACUUGGAACUUCUGAACCAUCUGAGACCGUGACUAUUAUCACUGCCGAAGAAGCACCCACUGGUAUGCCGCAAGACGUCAAGGUCGAUGCCGUUGACAAGCACACGCUCCGUGUCACCUGGAAACCCCCUCAACCUCAGGAUUGGAAUGGUGAACUCCAAGGAUACUACGUCGGCUACAAACUAGCUUCAAGCAACAAGUCAUUCGUUUUUGAAACCGUUGACAUCUCCAAGGAAUCUGGAAAAGAACACCAUUUGGACAUUUUUAAUCUGAAGACUUACACCCAAUACGCUAUCGUAGUUCAGGCAUUCAACAAAAUGGGUUCCGGUCCAGUUUCCAACGAAGUACGAGCCUACACAGCCGAAGGAGCACCCUCAGCCCCACCUCAGGAUGUCCUUUGCACAACUCUCACCGCCCAAACCAUCCGCGUUUCCUGGGUAUCCCCACCCCUUGCAGCUGCCAAUGGACUGAUCAAGGCAUACAAAGUUAUCUAUGGACCAAGUGAAACCUGGUAUGACGAGAAAACGAAGGACACCAAGAUCACUGCAAGCAGCGAAACCAUCCUCCAUGGCCUGAAGAAAUUCACCAACUACUCUAUGGAAGUUCUAGCGACCACCAACGGAGGAGAUGGUGUCCGAUCUGCCCCGAUCCAUUGCCAGACCGAACAAGACGUUCCCGAAGCACCCCGUGCCGUGAAAGCCCUAGUUAUGGGAGCUGAUUCGAUUCUGGUGUCGUGGAGACCUCCCGCGCAGCCCAACGGUGUUGUUACCCAUUACAAUGUUUACACGCAAGCACAGAACGCCGAACCUCAUCCCAACAAGGUACCCGCAUCACAAACAAGCUACUCAGCGACUGAACUGAAGGCCGGCCGCUACGACUUCUGGGUGACUGCUUCGACUAUCAUCGGUGAAGGACAACCCUCAGCCACCGCCUCUUGCAGCGCUAGUGACAAAGUUCCCGCCAAGAUUGCCUCAUUUGACGAAUCAUUCACCGCUACCUACAAGGAAGAUGUCAAACUGCCUUGCCUCGCUGUUGGUGUUCCUCCGCCUAACAUUCUCUGGAAGGUAAAAGGUCAUCCUCUCGAAGCAUCAGAACGCGUACGUCAACUCCCCGAAGGUUCUCUCCAAAUUGCUGGUGUUGCUCGUGAAGACGCCGGCGAAUACUCUUGCCACGUGGACAACCAAUUCGGCACCGAUACCGUUACACACACGCUCUCCGUACUUGCGCCUCCUUUCCCCCCUCAACUGAGCAUCGCAUCGUCCUCUGUGUCGUCAUUAACGCUGCGUCUAAAGCCUUCCCUGGAAGCCGAGCAGUCGCCUGCCGCCGGGUACACCAUCCACUACAAACAAGAAUUCGGAGACUGGGAAACUGUGCAGAUACCAAGCAAUACUGACACUUACACAUUGGAAAAUUUGUUCUGCGGAUCCAGAUAUCAGCUCUAUGUUACUGCUUAUAAUAGCAUCGGUACCGGCGAAGCUUCUGACGUUGUGAUCGCAAGAACCCGCGGCUCCAAACCCCCCGUACCCCGUGCCGCUGACUUCAUCGAAGUGGGCUCAUCCUCCGUGACUCUACACUUAAAACAAUGGCUCGACGGUGGAUGUCCUAUGAGCCAUUUCGUCGUUGAAAACAAAAAGAAGGGCGCCGCCGAAUGGAAUCAGAUCUCGAACGCUGUGAAGCCCGGUGGUAACUUUGUCGUACUCGACCUGGAACCCGCCACAUGGUAUGUCCUUAGAAUCACCGCACACAAUAACGCUGGAUUUAACGUCGCUGAAUACGAAUUCGCUACUCUCACUAUGACUGGAGGAACGAUUGCUCCAUUGCCCGGAAACGCUGCUGACAAGGAACUCCCUCCGUGGGUUAAGGCCUGGCUCGAACCUGAAGUUUUAGUACCAAUCCUGGCGACCGUAGUGGUGUUUAUCGUCGGAAUGGUUGUGAUCUGUUUGACCUUGGCGCGCAGAAACACGCCGCAUCGCCUGCGAGGUCAGAAGGACCUGUACUAUGACGCAGUAUACAACGCAUCAGGCGCCGCUCUCGGUGCUGGAGGAACUUUGGACAAACGCGGCGGCCUUCGCGACGAACUCGGCUACAUUGCACCCCCUAACCGUAAACUGCCCCCUGUACCUGGCUCCAACUACAAUACCUGCGACCGAGUUAAGCGACAGGCUGUUAUCAUGGGCGGGCACUCAACGUGGGACCCGAGGAGGCAUCACUAUGAGCGCGUGCGAAGACCUCGCAUGCGACGUACCGGUUCCGGCGACACCAUCUCAACAGGCAUGGAAGACGAGAUCUGCCCCUACGCAACGUUCCACCUGCUAGGCUUCCGUGAAGAGAUGGACCCCAGCAAGGCUAUCGCGUUCCCACACCACCACCCGUCUCAUGCCGGCACUCUCGCACACCCACACCAACACCCACACCAUCCCGCUCACUCUCGCGCCGGAUCUCAGAGCAUGCCUCGUGCCAACAGCCGUUAUGCCCGUAAGAACUCCCAGGGUGGACAAAGCGCCAUUUACUCGACUGCUCCCGAAUACGACGACCCUGCCACUUGCGCUGAAGAGGAUCAAUACCGUGCCCGUUAUUCCCGACCAAUGUACGCUUGCGGCCCCGAGUAUGACGAGCCCGCAUGCUGCGCUCCCGAAGACGAACAGUAUACCGGUGCCUACGGUACUCCUUACUCCGACCACUACGGCUCCCGGCCCAGCAUUGGAACCCGCAAAUGCGGCAGCUCCCCCGAGCCUCCCCCACCCCCACCCCGCAACGCUAACAACAACGAUAACAACUGCUCCUCCUCCUUCAACGAGAGCAAGGACUCCAACGAAAUCUCCGAAGCCGAAUGCGACCAGCCGCGUAACUACCCCGAGGACGUAAGAGCCCACACUGCCAAGGACGGCUUGCACAGCGACGAAAUGAGAAAACUCAUUGACAGGAAACAACCAGAAGCAAACACCCCAAUCCCCCAGCAAGCAGUCCACGGGCGGGGGGGACUCACAGCCUACGAUACUGUGGCAGUGUAACUUGUAAACUGCUCCACAGCGCACCGGACACCCUUUUUCUAGUUUAAAUGCUCACGGCCUUGCCGAUGCAAUCGCCCGCUUUUCGAUACUUUUAAUACAUUUUAUUGCAUAAUUCCAGUAAAUACGCUACGCCCUCGCGAUUUCGUUGCAUCGAUUGCAGAUCGGUGAGGCUGCGGGCGAUCAUGCCAAAUUCAUUUUAACUAUUAGACAUUUUACCGGUGUGUCGCCAUCCCGAUUUCAUUUCGUUUCGACUGAGUUGGCUAGAUUUCAUUUGUUCAACGUUAGACGCGCACGUGAGUGCCAUAAGUCAUUUUAUUUGACCUUUGACUCCCUGUGGAGGUUGGGAGGUUGGGUAUGUCGCCCGGAAUUUGUUAACCCUCCCUGUAGACGCGUCACGUCACUUUUGAUAGUGUUACCAUUUGAAACAGAAAAUUAUGGUUGUGGUAGUUAAUUCAAAUUGAUAUAUUUCCUUUAGAAAGGUGACGUGUUACCAAUGAAAUUAUCUAACAAGAAACGAAUGGCAACAUACCCAAUCUUUAAUGAUUUCAGACGUCUACAGCAGAGUUUUAAAUUUAUAUUUUGAUCUUAUUUGUUUAGCUUAAUUUAAUACAACGGACGUAAAAGUAGUGCUGGUUUUGGAAGUGUAUCAUGUAUUUAAAUUAAGCUCAACAUGUAAUAAUGUGAUAUUUUGACUUUUUUUACCCAUUUAUUUUAUUUGAAUUGUACUAACAAUUAACGUUAUUUAUAUUGUGUAUUUUUAAGAUUUCACUUUUAAGAAACCAUGCGACCGUAGGGUCGGUUCAAUGCUUCCUUUUUAAUGUUACAGUUUUCGUGAUGCUUUUUACCAUUUAUGUUAUUGCCAUGUCAUUUUUAUAUCGUGUAAUGAAUUUUGAUGUUUUCAUUGUGUUUACAUAAACUUCUUUAGAUAAGACUAAAUGUAAGGGCAUCUUAUUAGUAAUUAAUCAACUCUUUAAAAACAAAAUACUAUGUAAUCAGUAGCUAGUAACGUAAGAACAUGCAUUAUUAAAUUUUCAGUAACUACUUAUGUAUAACACCAAGUAACUCUACCUACGUAAUAAAGACCUUAAUCUCAUGACUACCCUGUUAAUAUACUCGAGCUAAAUUAACUUCUUGUAUACCUACUGCCAAUAAUUUAUAUUAUUGAAAUUUUGAAAGCAAUUUGUAUGACUUAUUGAUACCCUAAUGAGGUGCAUUUUUAUUAAUCAAUAAAUAAUCAUCAUUUAUAAAUAUAUCUCUAUAUUAUGCAAAUGUUUUAGAUGUAAGACACGCGCGUGUCGUUUUCUAGAUGUCUUCUUAUAUGUUGUGACAUCGUGUAAGCUUUGCGACGUAGGCUUGUAGAUAGGUUAUCGCGACUUCCUAGAAACCGAUCUCUUCUAUAAACCUUCCAGUUAGAAAUUUUGGAUUAAUAAUAAUUUAUAGUAAAAAAAAAAUCUAAUAUGAAAAUUUAAAGAUAAGAAUAUUCCAAAUUAUAAUGUAAACUAUUCGAUGGAAUAAAUCUACAUUUAAGCGUUCGACAGCAAAAUAUCGCCGGCUAGACGGGAUUGAUUUUCUCUAACAUUUUUUGAUGUUUUUGCUUACGAGUGCUCUGUUUGCGCUUAGUUAAAAGGUGUUUUUUUUGUAUAAAAAUAAAACGAUAUUGCUAGUUGCAAAUAACUGUUUGUACCAAAGUGUUUGAAUUGUGUUGAAUAAAGUACUCAUAUUUCAACUACGAA